AUGUCUUAUCCAGAAAAAUUCCAAGGUAUUGCUGUUACAAAUCCUGCUGAUUGGACUCAUCCAAAAAAGAUCUCUUAUGAUCCUAAGAAAUUUGAUGAUUAUGAUGUGGACAUCAAAAUUGAAGCUUGUGGUGUUUGUGGCUCUGAUGUUCACCGUGCCUCUUCUAACUGGGGGCCUGUGAAAGCUAACCAAGUUGUCGGUCAUGAGAUUGUUGGUCGUGUUGUUAAACUUGGUCCAAAAUGUAAACUAGGUCUGAAGGUCGGUGACAGAGUAGGUGUUGGCGCUCAAGCUAAAUCAUGUUUAAAUUGUAAACGUUGUAAAAGUGAUAACGAACCAUACUGUAAAUCUAAAGAUCGCGUCGGUACAUACUCAGGUACCUAUAGCGAUGGUUAUGUGUCACAGGGUGGUUAUGCUUCCCAUGUGAGAACCCACGAACAUUUCGUUUUCAAAAUUCCUGAUAACAUUCCAACUGAACUUGCUGCUCCAUUACUAUGUGGUGGUGUUACCGUAUUCUCCCCACUAUUGAGAAAUGGCUGUGGCCCUGGUAAGAAGGUCGGUGUCGUUGGUAUCGGUGGUAUCGGUCAUAUGGGUAUUCUAUUUGCUAAAGCUAUGGGUGCUGAAGUCUAUGCUAUUUCGAGAUCUUCCUCUAAAAAGGAAGAUUCUCUAAAAUUAGGAGCUGACUAUUACAUUGCUACACAGGAAGAGAAGGACUGGGCUACUACAUAUGCUGACACUUUGGAUCUAAUUGUUCUUUGUGCUUCUUCAUUGAGUGAUAUAAACAUUGAUGAUUUAGUUGCUACAAUGACUAUAGGUGGUAAAAUUGUUUCUAUUGCUAUCCCAGACGCCAGCCAACAAUUGACCUUAAAACCAUUUGGUCUACUGGGUGUAUACAUCUCUAACAGUGCUUUAGGUUCCAGAAAGGAAAUCAUUCAAUUGUUAGAUCUAGUAUCUGAAAAGAAGAUCAAACCUUGGGUUCAGACUGUACCAAUUUCCGAAGCUGGUGUUAACGAAGUUUUCGAAAGAAUGGAAAAGGGUGAUGUUAAAUACAGAUUCACUUUGGUUGAUUUCGAUAAAGAGUUUGAUAAUUAG